AUCCGAAGCUUCCGGAGCAGCAGCACGUGGCUCCUCGGCGAUCAAGUGGAAGAGGAAGCGCCCGAGUGACAGGCAGCCUGUCAUUCAUCCGCCGCCGCCGAUCUGCUCGUUCCUGGAGGGUCGGAUUCUGCAGCUCCCGUUGCUCCUCGCAGGAAGAAAGCGGGGGCCUGAUUCGCAGCUCCGCCGGCCCCUGAUUGCCUCCUUUUUUAAAAAAAGAGAGGAGCAAAGUCUCUCCCCCCCCCCAGAGUGCGACCCCUACUUUUCUAUUCCUGUUUUUACUUCUUGGAAAUAGAAAGAUGAGCAAGCGGCCGGCGCUGGUUGUGUUUGACUUGGAUUACACGCUGUGGCCCUUCUGGGUUGACACCCACGUGGACCCCCCCUUCCAGAAAAACAGCGAUGGCUCAAUACGAGACCGCAACGGACGACCCAUAAAUCUGUACCCCGAGGUGCCGGCUGUGCUGGAGCAGCUGCAUGCAGAGGGGAUCCCUAUGGCGGCUGCCUCACGGACAGGUGAGAUCCGGGGGGCUAAUCAGCUGUUGGAUCUCUUCAGCCUGAACCGCUUCAUCCACUACGCAGAGAUCUACCCGGGCAGCAAAGUCACCCACUUUCAGAAAUUGUCUCAACAAACCGGGGUUCCCUUUUCGCAGAUGCUCUUCUUCGACGACGAAAGCCGCAACAUUUACGACGUCAGCAAAUUAGGAGUCACGUGUAUCCUUGUCCCCAACGGCAUGAACCUGUCCCUUCUGAAACAGGGCCUAGAAGCCUUCGCCCGCUCCUGAGUGCCGCCUGCAGCUGAUGCAAACCGGACCUCUCUCUUCAUGUGUGGAAUGUGCUGGCGGGGGCUGGAUUUUGACCCCGUACAAUAAAUCCUCUACGUGUUU